AUGCAUUCCCCAACCGCCUCCCUUAUCACCCUCGCCGCUCUCACCACUGCUGUUGCCGGCAAAAGUAUCGGACUACGCGCUGAAGGCACCAAUUCCACUGUCGGCCAGUAUUUACUCCGGACAGGAGGGAACGCAGGCACCAUAUAUAUAAACCUCUUGCCCAACUCAACCAACAACCCCAACAAGGUCGAAAUCGACAACAGCACCAAUCUAUGGAUCAACGGAGACGGUGGCCGCUAUGCGCUUAACCUUGACAUGGGGUCAAUACCACAAUAUGGACCCUCGAAUUUGUCUAGUUACUCUUACUCGUACGAUGGUGGUGGUGAACCUAUCCCGGACCCGACGCCUGGGUUUUCUUGGGGUAGUAUUGGUACACUAAACGCUUCGCACAAGUCUUUUCAUGGAUGGGUUUCGUGUAAUGACGCUGGAGAUGAUGAUCUGCAGGGGAAUUCUUUUAUGUGGGCUACGGCGCCAAUUCAGAAUCUGCCAUCUCCGUGUAAGCAGAUUGAUUUGGUUAAAUUCGAGUUUUGA